GCGGUGGAGUCUCGGCAGCUCACGCUGCCCGCCGCGACGCCCGCCGCGACUCCCGCAGCUCCGGCGGCGGCGCCGCCGUUCGCUACCCGCGCGCCUCCCCGACGCACGGCUCGGGCGGCUCCCGCCGCGGCGCGGCUCCCGCUCUCGGCUCGGGCUCCCGCGGCGGCGCGGCUCGUGCGCCCGGGUGCGGGGCGCGCAGGUGGGCCGGCCGCCGCUGGGAGAUAGGCCCCCGGGGGCAGCGGGGGACCAUGGCGCGGAGACCGGGGGCGCCGGCUGCCUACCGGGAGGAGUUCUCCUUCGUCAGCCCGCUGGUGAAAUACCUGCUCUUCUUCUUCAACAUGCUCUUCUGGGUGAUUUCCAUGGUGAUGGUGGCUGUGGGUGUGUAUGCCCGGCUGAUGAAGCACGCAGAGGCAGCCUUGACCUGCCUGGCGGUGGACCCUGCCAUCCUGCUGAUCGUGGUGGGUGUCCUCAUGUUCCUCCUCACCUUCUGUGGCUGCAUAGGAUCCCUCCGCGAGAACAUCUGCCUACUGCAAACGUUCUCCCUCUGCCUCACCAUCGUGUUCCUGCUACAGUUGGCUGCUGGUGUCCUGGGCUUCGUCUUCUCAGACAAGGCUCGGGGGAAAGUGAGUGAGAUCAUCAACAAUGCCAUUGUGCACUACCGAGAUGACUUGGAUCUGCAGAAUCUCAUUGAUUUUGGCCAAAAGAAGUUCAGCUGCUGUGGAGGCAUUUCCUACAAGGACUGGUCCCAGAACAUGUACUUUAACUGCUCAGAGGACAACCCCAGCCGUGAGCGAUGCUCUGUGCCUUACUCCUGUUGUUUGCCUACCCCCAACCAGGCAGUGAUCAAUACUAUGUGUGGCCAAGGUAUGCAGGCCCUUGACUACUUGGAAGCUAGUAAAGUCAUCUACACCAAUGGCUGUAUUGACAAAUUGGUCAACUGGAUACAUAGCAACCUCUUCUUACUUGGUGGUGUGGCCCUGGGCCUUGCCAUCCCCCAGCUGGUAGGAAUCCUGCUGUCCCAGAUCCUUGUGAAUCAAAUCAAAGAUCAGAUCAAGCUACAGCUCUACAACCAGCAGCACCGGGCUGACCCAUGGUAUUGAGACUACAUCUUGCACCUCCUCACCAUGGCGACAGGCAAGCCUUAUCUACCAACGGCAGCGGGUGUGAGAACAGCACCCAGUGGAGAUUUGGAUUCCAGCCCCCCAGCAAUGCUGGCCCAAUGGGAAGAAGCAAACUCCAGAUGGGCAGAAGGCAGGGUGCACAGGUGGCUCAAAUCUCACAAGGCUGUGUGUCCUCUCCCCCAUCCUAGCCCUCAGCAUCGCCAGAGAGUAAUUUUGUAUUUGGGUAUAUGCAUCUAAGUUUUGUCUGGGCAGAGGUGUUUGGGAAACAGCAGCUGCACAGAAAGUUGUGGGAGUCCUAGCUGCCACUUUUCCACUGAGGCAUUGCAACAGACAGCUGCUGUGAGGUUGGUGGACAUAGUGGACACACAGAGAUUCUGCUGCCAGGGAGACCUGGGUGUGGAAAGUGGACACCAGCAACCUUGCCUAAAGUCCAGUUGGCAUGAUACCAGCUCCAGAAGGGAAGAGAGUGGAGAAGGGAGAGGAGUGUGCGCCUGGGGGUCGGCCGGGGACAGCUGUGUGUUGGGUGGGAAUGGAAGGAGAGAUGUUUACCAAAUGCCUGUCCUGCAAUCCUCCCAGGUAGUCAGAGUGAGCUACAUCCUGCCCCUCCCUCAUUUCCAUGGAAACAUGGCAGCAAGGGCAAGGAGUACAACAGCAGCCAAAUUCAUCCCCACCCCACCCCACCUUGAAAAAAGUUUGGAACCAUGGUCCCUACAUUCUGCAGUUAGAAGUGGGACUGAGCCAUACUUGCCCUUGAAAUCCUCUCUGGCUGGCCCUCCCUCUCCAGCAAGUGGGGUUUUCUUUAACUUGGCAAGGUGUGGAGGAGUGUAACAUUCCCACUCCCGUUCCCCUGCACCAGAACUCAGUGUUUCUACAGUGUAAGAAGCAGGAAUUUUGCUGGGGCUGGGGGAGCCAGAAGUAGCAAUAAAAGUUUGUUGACCUGGGCUAA